AUGAAAAGCAAAGAUUAAGUGCUCAAAUAAGUAUAUGAAAAUGACAAUAAAACAUUUGGUAAAAAAAAUAAGCCAAGAAAUGAAGAACCCAAUAUGUUUGAUAUUAUGAAAUGGCCUCUACAAUAAGAUGAACCUUGGGAUUUUAAAAAGAAAAUUUAAGUGGAAAGAGAGCCAGAAACCAAAAAGGUAACUGCAAGAAUUAAUCAUGAAAAUUAACAUUGGCAGACUGAAAAUAAAGAUAAUUUUAGAAAAAUUGAAAAAUUAAAAGUCGAUGAUUCUUAAAUUUAUGUUUAAAAAUUAGAUGAUAAAACUAUCAAAAAUAUAGCCAAAUCAUGCGAAUGUUAAAAUAGUAAGGCAUAAUAAACAAAUAAACAUUAAUAAUAUUAAUAACCAGAAGAUUUAGAUGAAUAAUAUAAAUUGCCUUUGAAAUGGAAUCCAAAAUAAUAAUCUGCAUAUAGAGAUAACUAUUAAGUGAAAGAUAUAAAGGAUUAAAAUGAACUUAUGUAUUAAUUGGAAUAAAACAACAAAAAUUUUAAAGGGUAAUACAAAGCAUUGCAUCCUUAAGGAGGAUUUUAUUAUGAGGAAUCUAAAAAAGAAGAGGAAGAAGCAGUAAGUUCUGAAGAGGAAGAGGAAGAGAUUAAUGAAUAAUAGAAUGACGACUAAGUAAAGAAGAUGACAACCAAAUUCAUCAAGAAGGCGAAGACUUUAGAUCCAAAUAAUCCUGAAGAUGCUGAAAAAUUGAAAAGAAGAAAGGAGAGAAUUAAGAAGUUUUAAGGUGAAACACGUUGGAUAGCAGAUUCGGCAUUCACAACAUAUUUUGGUAAACCUGCAUGGGGUCCAUAUGGAUAUAAUAAUGUGAAUCCUACAGUUGGAGGAAUGAUAUAUGGACAACAUCUCUUAUCACACAAUGUUUAACCUCAUAGAAAUAAGAAUGAUCCAUUUUACAUUUAGACCUAUCAGAAUGCAUUAAGGAAAGGAGCUGCUGUUGCUAAUGUAGAACCAGAACCUCCAAGAAAUUGCAGAGAAGAGGACAGAUUAAAUCCAGAACAAGUUGAUGCAUUAAAAUCAAGGAAUCCUUUGACUCCAUAACCUUACUAAGAAUUAAAGAAGUAAUUAGAUUCAAAAGGUAAAUAAGUAAUACCUGAGUUCAGCAUUAAAAAACCAGAUUUAGGUAACACUUUGCGAUUUGCUUCUGAAGCAGGAAGCGUUUAAGGUGAAUCACAUCCAUAGGAGAAUUAGAAGAGUUAAUAAAAGAUAAAGAGGCCAUAAUCAGCCUUGGAUAAUAGAACAUAGAAGUCAUAAACUGAGAAUAGGUCAAAAGUAAGUCAUGAUUAGAAAACAAAAGAUUCAAAAAAGAAAUUAGAUAAGAAAGUUUAAAUACAAUCAGAAUCAAAUUUAAAAGUUGAUGAUCAUUUGGCUAUUCCUGAUAAGGCAAGUAACAAGUUUAUUGAAGAAUUGAAAUAGAAAAAGGAAAAGGCAAACAGAUUGACUUGCAAAGUGAAUGAGAUAAAUCCUUCAUUAUUGAAGCAAUCACCCAAAUAAGAGUAGAAGAAUUAAAUAACUGCUGAUCUCUAAGAAGUUAAAUCAUUUGAUGAUAAAAAUCCCCCUCCAAAUUAUUUGUAAUCAUUAGAUCCAAUUGAGUUGAAUCCUAAAAACUACAAGGGAGUUCCUUCUGACUGGUUACAUAGAAUUCCAUUUGCAGGUAAGAAACAAGAUAUCAUAAAGAAUGGAUAAUAAACUAAAGAAUGUUUUGAUUAUGGUUUUUGAUUAUAUAAUGAUAUCUAUUGAAUAAAUUUGGUAUCUUAUAUUAUAAUCUAUUUUUAAUAUAAAACCAAUUAAA